AUGAGUACGUUUUAUGGCAACCCUCACAAGCAAUACAGCCCCAAUGGCAAUGAUUAUCAUGUGCAGUCGAUAAGCGGAGCUCUUCAGCAGCCUGCACAACUGCAGCAGUCUCAGUAUUGCUGCAAUGAAUAUUACGUGCAGUCGCCCUCACACGCAGGAGAAUCUCAGAUUCAACAGAUACACAUUUACAUGUCGCAGGGAAUUGUGCAGCGCGCUGUAGAUAACGGCCUCUUCGCCCUUGUAGGAGAUGGCAUUCACCAGCUGAACCCCCGCAGCAAACACGGUGCUGGAGUGAGGAUUGAAGAUGGACAAGUGUACACUGUUCACGGCAUCUGCAGAGGAGGAUAUGAAAUACCUCUACUUUUCGCGAUAAUGAGGAACAAACGAGAGCAGGAUUACGUAUUGAUAUUCGAGAAGUUAAGGGCCUUUUUGGAAGCAGCCAACGCGGAGUUAGCUAAUCCACAACUUCGCUUUAUAAUGGAUUUUGAGCUGGUUGGCUUCGAUAAACGCGGCAAAAACUGUGUUCCCGAGGUGCUCCAGCGAAGGAUGUUGUUGGCACCUGAGCCAUGCUUGGGUUAG